AGAGAUGCUGAGGUGACAGAGAGAAGGAGAAACGAGACGAUCGUAUAAACACAUCUAUCUCUAUCUCUCUCAACAUCUCUAUCUGUCUCUUAUUAGUAAGCACAUGUAACCGUCACCGCAACAGACUUCGCAACCCCGGGUUGAUUCGCUAUGGGAUUCGGCUCAGCUCGUUGUUAUUGCCACAGCCUCCCAACGUAGAGGAUUUUCUGUAACCACACCCGGCCCCUCUCGGAUCAAGGAUUGGAGCAAGGACCUGAAGGGUUCUCCGGUGGGGCCCAGAUGCCAGUCCCAGUCUGAGGCUGGUUGGUCAUAGGGGAAAGCACUAAGAUCCUUGGGCCUGGUCCACUGGCGGGAUGAGUGGGGGAGCAGAGCAAACCGACAUCCUAAGUGUCCUCGCCCUGGUCAAGGAACGAUGGAAAGUGGUAAAGAAAAUCGGGGGCGGGGGGUUUGGGGAGAUCUACGAGGCACUGGACCAGCUCACGCGGGUCAGUGUGGCACUGAAGGUGGAAUCGGCCCAGCAGCCCAAACAGGUGCUAAAGAUGGAGGUGGCCGUGCUCAAGAAGCUCCAGGGUAAAGACCACAUCUGUCGCUUUGUGGGAUGCGGCCGCAAUGAUCGCUUCAACUACGUGGUGAUGGAGCUUCAGGGCCGUAACCUGGCCGACCUGAGGAGGAGUAUGACCAGGGGCACCUUCAGUGUCAGCACCACCCUGCGUCUGGGACGCCAGAUCCUGGAGGCCAUCGAGAGCAUCCACUCAGUCGGCUUCCUGCACCGUGACAUCAAACCGUCCAACUUUGCCAUGGGUCGCUUCCCCAGCACCUGCCGUACGUGCUACAUGCUGGACUUUGGCUUGGCUCGCCAGUUUACCAACUCCUCCCAGGAGGUCCGACCUCCUCGGCCUGUGGCAGGGUUCAGGGGAACGGUCCGUUACGCAUCUGUCAAUGCACACAAGAAUAAGGAAAUGGGUCGUCAUGAUGACCUCUGGUCCCUCUUCUACAUGCUGGUGGAGUUCCUGGUUGGCCAGUUGCCAUGGAGAAAGAUCAAGGACAAAGAACAUGUGGGGAAGCUGAAGGAGACCUAUGACCAUCGGCUGAUGCUCAAACAUUUGCCCUCGGAGUUUAGUGUGUUCCUGGACCACAUUUCCAGCCUUGACUACUUCACCAAGCCUGACUAUCAGCUGCUGAUGUCAGUGUUUGACAACAGCAUGAAAACCUACAACGUAGUGGAGAACGACCCGUACGACUGGGAAAGGACAGGCACAGAUGGCACCCUGACUAUCAAUGCAAGCGCCACCACUCCCCAGCACCACACCCGCCUCACACCGGCUCACUUGGGCAUGGCGAAUGCCUCUCUGAUCCCGGGCGACCUGAUGCGGGAGAACACGGAGGAGGUUCUGCAGGAUGAGCAGCUCAGUGACGGGGAGAACAACCCAGCUCCAGAUCGCCUGCCUGGUUCCCCAGUCCACCCUCACCGCAACCAGGAGGCUGACGUCUGGGAGGAGCUGGACCGCAACCGCAACCGUAUCAGGACCGCAGUCUGGAAGGCAGCAGCAGAAGAGGAGCACAGCAACAACCAGGGCCAUCAAAGCCCCUACACUGGGCCCAGCCUGGGAUCACCAGUCAAAGUGCAUUCUGAUGUGGUCCCUUCGGACCGUGAUGGCACCCUGUUGAGGAAGCUUCGCAACAUCUAUAGCUUGGAGCUGGAGAGAAGACUGGGCCUGGAAUCCAAGCCCAGUCCAGAGCGCUUCGUGGACGCCUGCUCAGCGAAGCAGCAUUUGGGGGCUCAGCCACAGGGGAAAGAUCCUGAGGAGGCUGCAGUGGUCCCAGUGGCCCAGCUCCAAGCUGUAGCUGCCAGGGAACGUCCUGAAAGGGUCUGGCACUAUGAUGAGGAGUUCCUUUCUGGAGGUGGCUCUCCUAAGCCAGCAUCCCCAGGCUCAGCAGAGCAGGGAGAGGGGGCAGCGAGCAGUGGGGGCUUCGUGGCUCUCAACCUGAGCUCUGGAAGACAGGAAGUUGACUCUAGGGAGUGGGUAAUGGUGGAGCGACCCAGUGGAUCUCCUGGGGCCAAGGUUACCACCAGCCCCUCAGAGGAGGACGAAGAGGAGCCAGAGGUGCUCCACCCAACAGAGCAUUCUCCUGGGUGGGAGAGGGGCAGCCACAGCCCCAGCUCUGGCAAAGCUAAGCAGGAAGCAAUGGCUUCCUCCACAGGAUCUGCCAAGGUGGACAGGCUAGAGCUGAACGUGGACCCUCCGGGGAACUUGCCACCCGUCACUCCGACCAGCCCAGCUGAAGCUCUGGCUGAAGGAGUUCUCACUCAGCUCCCCACCUCUCCUCCGUCCUUGCCCGAGGAAGUUUUGGUCCGGAUAUCCAGCCCCAUCCUACUGCGCUCUCCCAGCCCACACACCUUUCUGACCACCCUGUCGGACCCCCUGCACCAGUGCCAACCACCGGGCAUGAGGCGCAGCCAGUCUGCCGACCAGCAGCAGCAACGGCGGCGGUGGCAGCAGGAACGCCUCUCGUCUUCCUCCUCCUCCUCAUGCCACGCCUCCCUACCACUACCACCAAACACUGCCCCUGGCACCCACUCGCCCACGCGCAGAAAACUGCCAGCUAUCCCGGCAGGCGCUGCCAAUUCCAAGUUUCCCUCUGUCAUACGCAUCACUCGUGCCCAGCUGCAGCAGUUGACGGCUCAACGUCCCUCUGGGCUGUCCUCACAGUCAGGAUCAGACAGUGCUCCACAGUGCCUCCUGCUGGAGAGGCAUGCCGAGGAUGAGGCUGAGGCUCCAGGCCCUCGGGAGUACAAGACAGACAUCAACUUCAUUCAGGACCGUGUGCCCACCCAGCCAGGCACUCCAACAGACCCCCUGGCUGAGACACUGGUCAACGGAGACAGCCACACCAAAGCCCAUAGCCCUGUGCCAAGCCGAGUGUCCUCCCCACGCUCACCUCGCUCAUCUUCUUCCCCUCAUUCACCCCGCUCACCCCGCUCUCCUCACUCCCCUCGUUCACCUCACAGCCCAGUAUUUGCCAACAGCCACCUCUGGCCGUCCAUUAAUGGUCAAGAGGACUCACUCAUCGGGGCCUUCCCCAAGCUGAAAGGCCCCGACAAUGACCCGAGUUCCCCUACCUGCACCAUGGAACCCCAGAAUCAAGCUCAGAUAGAAGAGGAGAAGGCAGAAGGGAAUUUGACAACUGGGGAGAUGAGUGGCCCUGCCGCCUCUUCCCCACCUGCCCUCCGUAAGGAUCCCAACCGCAGGCAUAGUCGCAUCCCAGUCCUGGAGCCCUCCAGCCUGCUGGAACCCCCUCCUCCGGGCUCUGCCAAGGAGAAGUUGCUACAGAAGAAGGCUAGCCACCCUGUGCCCUCUCCCACAGCCUCCCCAUCCCUUUCUGAUCGACGUGGCCCCAUUGUGGCCUCCCUACCCAGAGACCAGCUCUCAUCUGCUUCAGACCGCUCACAGGACGAAGACUCCCUCCUGGGCUCCCGAUCAGACCGCCAAGGGGAUGAAGCUCCCUCCCUCUCCUCUUCUUCUAGCCCUCUGUCCCGCAAGAGUAGGAUCCCGCGACCCAUAAAUCCUACUCCUGGCCCCGAGCAGCUGGCUGCCCAAUUCCUGCCCCGCCCGCCCCCUGGAAAGCCACCUAGCCGCCCCACGGUGGAGGGCAGGUUUAGGCGUUACCGCAUCAGGGCAGGCAGCACAAGCGACUCAGACCUCCUGACCUGCCUGGCACAGCUGAUGCACGGCUCCCGCGGCUCCCCGCUCCACCACCGCUCAUCGGUCCAGCAUGCUGGCUCCAGGAUGGGUAUCUGUAGCCUGACCAGCUCCCCCCAUCACCACCACCAUGGGUACCACCACCACCGGAGCUCCAGCGCCUCCCCACGUAGCUCGUCCUCUCUGCAACGCUCUGUCAGCUCCUCGCCCUCCCGGCAUGAGCACCGUGGGGGCGGAGGAGGGGGCUGCCUGGGGCGCAGCCGCUCACCCCCCAGCUUCUCGGGCUCACCCCCUCCCCGCCGCUCGUACCCCCACCACCAGGAGACUUGCUGCAGCCGCCAGGCCCGCGCAGGCCCCUUCCAGCUGCCCAGGGGCAAAGGCUGCAGUCGAGAGGGCAAGUGCUCCAGCAAGCUGAGCAGAUAGUCGCCCCGCCCAGAUGCUCAGCUCUGCUCUGCUGCAGCUGUAACAGAAGCUGGGAAGUCCACAUUCAGGGCAGGCAGAGGGGGUGACUACCACCAGGAUGAAGGCCUGAGUGUAGUCAGACAUCAGAAGUAAUUUUUGUCUCUUCCCUGCCAGUUUGAACCUCACCCCUGUCUCCCUAUGUCACACCCUUCUCCUUCGGUCAUUUCAUUUGCACUUUGUUGCUUUACACGGUUAUCUGCCAGGCUUCAUGGUUCCUAUAUCAGAGAGAGGGGAUGUUGUCAUUUUCAGGUCGCUUUAGUUUAUAUAGUGCACUGUGUUGUGGAGCAAACUAGCAUAGCUGAAAAACAAAACGAAAAGAGGAUUUCCUAAUACAGGUAGUACUGCAGCUUGUAAACCAUUAGGUAGACCAGUGGCUACAUAAAUCAGCUCCCUGUUAGUUUGUGUUUGGUACAUCCUACACCAAAGUAGAUAGUAACUCACUUAGCCCCUAUUAUUAAUGCACUUGGAUGAUACUGAUUGGAUGUCAGUAUUAUUGAUCACUACUUAACUGAAUGUUGGCCCAGUUUUGACUCAUGUAUUGACCUAGAUAUUUCAGGCAGGGUUUGAUGUUUACUGUACAGAAUAUUAUAAGUAAAUGUACAGUAGUAUUUAAUGAAAUAUUUAUUGCAGUGCUAGGAGAUAUUUCUGACUCCCACCGUCGCUCAGAUAGUAGCUGAAUAGUACGGUAUCCCUUGCAUUAAUUUUAAAAUGUAUAAAAAAAGGGGGAUUACUUCCCGAUGAUCCUUUCUACAAUCAUGUAAAGUGUGUGAGGACACAUGCUUACUUGUGCCUACUUUGAUGCUAAGGGAGAAUUUAAACUGUCACACCGAAUGAAUGAAUGAAUCGACCAAUCAGUGAAUGAGCAGUUUAUAGGUGAGAAUUCUUUUUAACAGAAAUUCCUUUUAGAGGUCGCUGACCUGACCCGAUCAAUAUUACCCGUUUUCCCAGCCCUCGUCUUAGUAAUGUAGUAGUGACGGGUCGGAGCAAAGGAAGCAACAUUUAUUAUAGAACACUAAUUUAUUAUUAAUGUCUAGACACAGAUGUUUGUCUCAACGUGUGCCUUGGCACAUUGGGCAGCUUGGGUGUUCACUUUGGUGGGUUUGUGAUUAUAACAAAGGGAGCCAAAAACAAAUAAUGUGCCAGUGGGUUAAGAUGACCCUCUUCACUGGGCUGUAAAGAGUAUUUUAACUAGAUAAGAGGAAGCGACAGGAAUGUUUCUAAGUCGAACACUAUUUUAACAGCAGUUAACUUGAAGAAAGCGUAGACAUUUGUAGUGACAAAAAGGGAAUCUUCUAAGCGGAACCAGUUUUGGCUGUCCUUUAUGACCGUAGAUAACUUGAAAACAGGGCGUCCGGGUAGCGUGGCGUUCUAUUCUGUUGCCUACCAACACGGGGAUCGCCGGUUCGAAUCCCCGUGUUACCUCCGGCUUGGUCGGGCGUCCCUAUAGACACAAUUGGCCGUGUCUGCGGGUGGGAAGCCGGAUGUGGGUAUGUGUCCCGGUCGCUGCACUAGCGCCUCCUCUGGUCGGUCGGGGCACCUGUUCAGGGGGGAGGGGGUCUGGGAGGAAUAGCGUGAUCCUCCCAUGCGCUACGUCCCCCUGGCGAAACUCCUCACUGUCAGGUGAAAAGAAGCGGCUGGCUGGCGACUCCACAUGCAUCGGAGGAGGCAUGUGGUAGUUGGCGGCCUUCCCCGGAUCGGCAGAGGGGGUGAAGCGAUGACCAGGAUGGCUCGGAAGAGUGGGGUAAUUGGCUGGAUACAAUUGGGGAGAAAAAGGGGGAAAAAUGAAAAAGGAAAAAAAAAAGUAAACUGCGGACCUCAAGAAAACGAAAUAUCAUCCAGUAUGUUUGCCACGUGUUACUCGCACCAAAAAAGAUGGCCUAAUGCCUCUGAAGGAAAGAACAUUUCUCGUUUGUUUUUCUUGUGCCAGAGAAUGUCUUUUCGGCGAUGACACGCAGUAUGUUUGUACACAAGGCAAAGUAACAAACCACUGUUUUCAUUCAUUGUUUUCCUAUUCCUCACUCAAAACUGUCCACUCCACCUUCCCUCUCCUCUGCUUGUAAGAUACUGUAAAAUAACUUCAGCUUCCAAUUCUACUCUUUGCAUGCUCUUCAGAGAAAAGACAGGAAAGGAAAAUAGAACAGCCUUCAAAUAAAAGCAGCACACCAGUUCCCUUGAAUUGUCAUCUGUCCCAUGAAGACUAUAACCUUAAAGGGAUUGCUCUUCAUUUUAGACCUUUUUUUUAAAAAAUUUAGCUCAUAUUAACCUGUAUAUUUUGUUUUAUAGCUUCGUCCCAUCAGCUCUGUUGACACCGCUAUUCUGCACUCGAAAUUUGCUACCUACACUGACCUAGGAUGAUUGUGUAUCUUAAAGAUUACAUGCUGCAUUUUUUUCAUCGAAGUAACAAGCAGACCUCCAUGCAACAAAGAUGGUUUGUGUGACAGUUAUCACAUUUAAAAAAAAAAAGAAAAAGAGAAGAGUAUGCUUUGCACUGGUUUAGGUACUUGAGACGACACAUGGGUUGAGAGUAUGCUACAGCUGCACUAACACCCGCCAAAAUAAAAAUACACUACCAUUAUUUUGAUAAAUCUUGUGGUUUGAAUUGUGAUACGGUAAGCAUUGGUCUAAAUCAUAUGCUUGGAUUUUGAACGGGCACAUUGCAUUUUGCAGCCAUAGAGAGUUCUGUUUAAUUGGACUCAUGCCCAUUUUGAAGAUACCUGCGCUAGUCUCUCAGAGCAGCUAUGAUGACUCAUCCUGAAGGCAGACAGUGUUCAGUCAGUCAGCCGCCUUAAAUGUCUCUUCUCUCCCCCUCUGUGCACAGCGAGGGAUGACUGAGCCUUGUCUGUGUUGGAGAUCAUUCCACUGUUAGGUCAACCAAGCUGACGCCAUGCCUGUCCAAGUGGUGGAUAUCGCCACUGAAGUCAGUGUAGGAUAUAGCUGUUCAGAUUGCUUGUAUUGCUUCGGCAUUGAGCUGCAGAGAGCUCCCCACUGUGUUGUGUGAGAAUGUGUGACCUCUGCCUAUAAACAGGUGGAAAGUGAGAAGUUGGGGGUGCUGUGGUUGAGGUGCGAUUGCUGAUGGUGUGAUACUUGUAUGCUUUUAUACAGACGCUCGCUGAAUUCCAUUUAACACCGACUGUCAACGUUUAAAUUCUCCUCUUUGAAUUAUCUAUUUCAAGCUUACAAAUUUUAAGAUGUCUCAAGCUUUCAAACUUCAGAACGCUGUUGCUUAGACCUUUAAUAUACGCCUGUAAAAUAUUCAAAGUAUUUAUUUAAACAAAGCCUUUAUUGUGAACCAUAACUUAUUUGCUGCAAAGCUUCAAUAAAAAGGGAGGAACAGACAGUGAACAGUGAUGCUGGUUUAAAAAAAAAAGAUAAUCAGAUUUCUUCUUCUGGUUUUAUUAUUAUUGCACAGAGUGGUGUGUAGUUGUAGUACUAGUCUUACCUUUCAGAUUUGAUAACAGUUUUCUUUGUCAUUUUUUCCGAGUGACUUGCUAUUAGCAAGGUGUCAUAUAUAUAUAUAUAUAUAUAUAUAUAUAUAUAUACACACACACACACAUACAUAUAUAUAUACUAGCUUGCCUGUAUCUAUGGUCAGAUGUGACUGCCAUGGCUGCAGAUACCAACAGGGCCAACAGGACAAACCGACAUUUUUUUUUUGAACAGAUAGUCAAGGUGGAUACUAAUGAAAGCUUUGGUGUGAACUGACACUUGUCAUGUCAUAACAUCGGAUUACUUGUUUAUAAAUGAUGAAUACUUGACAAAUUAUUUAUUGUCGCAUUUGCUAAUUUGCCCAUCCAUCAAUGUGACUUCGAUUGUUGGAUGUUUUUUUUGAAUGGUUGAUAUAUUUGUGUUGUAAUGUAUCUCAUGGUUCUGAAAUGUAACUGUACAGUCACAUAGAAAGAAUGUAACCAGUGGAGGUUUUGCAUUGUACAUAACUGUAAUUAUUUAUGUUUAUUCUAUCAUUUGUAUCAUAUCAAGGCCUUGUACAGUGUUUUUUGUUCUUUUGGUUUAAAAUUAUUUUGUAUUUUAUUUUUAUAAACUGGUUAUAAAUAAAAUACUCAUUCAGCAU